UUCAUUCUCGUUUCGCUAAAGGAGGUGUAGUUUAUCCGAUUGUUGCUGCUAAAAGGGGUUGGACAAAAAUAUUUUUCACCAUGAACAACUGUAAUAGCUUCGUCAACAUGGCGUCGAUAGGAGAUUUCGACCCGCUCAAUGCUUCCAUCCCCGCCACCAAAGUUGAAAUCACAGUGUCUUGCAGAAAUCUGCUGGACAUGGAUACCUUCUCCAAAUCAGACCCAAUAUGCGUUCUGUACACACAAGGCAUUGGCAAUAAGGAGUGGAGAGAGUUUGGAAGGACAGAGGUGAUUGAAAACACUCUCAACCCAGAGUUUGUUCGUAAAUUCAUCUUGGAUUAUUUCUUUGAGGAACGACAGAAUCUGAGAUUUGACCUGUACGAUGUCGACUCAAAGAGCGCCAACCUGUCAAAACAUGACUUCCUUGGCCAGGCGUUCUGUACGUUGGGAGAGGUGGUGGGAUCGUUGGGCAGCCGUAUGGAGAAACCUAUGGUGGGCAUUCCUGGAAAGAAGUGUGGAAACAUCAUUGUUAAGGCAGAAGAGAUGGGAAACUGCAGGGAGUCAGUGAUGAUGCAGUUCUGUGGGAAUAAACUGGACAAGAAAGAUUUCUUCGGCAAGUCAGACCCUUUCCUCGUCUUCUACCGCAGCAAUGAAGACGGCACGUUCACAAUCUGCCAUAAGACAGAGGUGGUGAAGAACACACUUAACCCAGUGUGGCAGGCCUUCAAGAUACCUGUCAGAGCACUCUGCAAUGGAGACUACGACAGAACGAUCAAGAUAGAAUGCUACGACUGGGAAAGAGAUGGAAGCCAUGACUUCAUAGGAGAGUUCAGUACCAGCUACAGAGAGCUAUCCAGAGGCCAGUCCCAGUUCAAUGUGUAUGAGGUUAUAAAUCCGAAGAAGAAAGGAAAAAAGAAAAAAUACCUAAACUCUGGAACGGUAACUCUGCUCUCAUUCCUGGUGGAUAUAGAAGUCACCUUCCUCGACUACAUCAAAGGAGGGACCCAGAUUAAUUUCACAGUGGCAAUUGAUUUCACCGCUUCAAACGGCAACCCAGCCCAGCCCACCUCCCUCCACUACAUGAGUCCUUACCAGAUGAAUGCCUACGCCAUGGCCCUGAAGGCUGUAGGGGAGAUCAUCCAGGACUACGACAGUGAUAAGAUGUUCCCUGCUUUGGGCUUCGGAGCCAAGCUGCCCCCCGACGGACGGGUCUCGCAUGAGUUCGCCCUGAAUGGCAACCCCCAAAACCCAUACUGUGCAGGUAUAGAUGGAGUGAUGGAGGCAUAUUACCAGAGCCUGAAGUCUGUCUGCCUCUACGGCCCAACCAACUUCUCUCCUGUCAUCAACCAUGUGGCCAGGUAUGCUGCGUCAGUGAAUGAUGGCUCUCAGUACUUCGUCCUUCUCAUCAUCACAGAUGGAGUCAUCUCAGACAUGGCCCAGACCAAGGAGUCCAUCGUCAACGCAUCGUGUCUUCCCAUGUCGAUUAUCAUCGUAGGGGUGGGACCAGCAGAAUUUGAUGCGAUGAUCGAGUUGGACGGGGAUGAAGUGAGGAUCUCGUCGAGAGGAAGAUAUGCAGAGAGGGACAUUGUUCAGUUUGUCCCGUUCAGAGACUACAUCGACCGGACAGGGAACCACAUCCUGAGUAUGGCCCGUCUAGCCAAGGAUGUCCUGGCUGAGAUCCCUGACCAGUUCCUCUCCUACAUGAGGACCAGAGGCAUCAAGCCCUUGCCUGCACCCCCUCCCUACACACCCCCAGGGUACCCUGUCCAGAGCCCCGAUGGACACCCAUUAAAUACCCCCCCAGGACACCCCCUGCAGACGCAGAUCUGAAGGGUGCGGAGAUGCCCCCUGGUCCCAAACAACACCUCUUCAAAUAUUUCUUUGUCUCUCUCCAUCACUCACUCAGUGAUAGGAGAGGCCUUCUUGGCUUUCUCGCUCUCUCUCAUUGCACUAAUGGAGACUGACUGACUGGCAGAAUGUUUUUACUGAGUGGUUCUAAAGGGUUCUACUUUGGAACGGGCAGAUGGAGUCAAUAAGGGCAUGUUUACUUUCAUUGUCAAGCGUUCCUCUGUCUGGACUUUCUGUAUAUCGGCAAAUAGAGACACUCUCUCUGGGACACAGAUAGACAGAGUCUGGUCUUCCCAGCUCAUCUGGCAUGGAAUAACAGAGUUAAGGAAAGGUUGAAUGAUGGAAGGAAGAAUGAAAGGAGGAUAGGAAGGAAUUUCCUGGGGACUGGCCUUUUCAGGAGCAGUGGCGAAAAGGUUCUAUAGUCUCUGGAUGUGGAAUCACUUGACUGUUGUACUGGAAAUAUAUUUCCUUCUCUCUCCCUCUAUCUCUGGUCUCUUUCUAUCUCUCUCUGUCUCUCUAUUCUUCCAACUCUCACUCAAUGUUUACAGUACAUGUUAAUGAUAAUGAUUUUUAUCAUUGGACACUUUUAUAUAAUAUUUGUACUUCUUUCAGUAUGAAACUUUGGAAUAUCAAUCGAUAUUCUCUCUCUUUAUCUCGCAGCGUGUUGUCUUUGCCACGGGAGUCAGGUUGAGGUUGCAACAGUGCAGGUCCAAGUAGCCACUGUAUUGUACUGUACUAUACUAUGUGUCCGUUUGCAUGAGUGUAUCGUCAGAGCAUGUAUUGUGGUCCUACACUUCCCUGCCUGUCACUGCUCUCAGGCUUUGGGGUUCCAUGUUUUUAACUUUUAACUCUGUUGUUGAAGCUCAUUCUGCUCCUUUCUAAACUGCCUUGGCGAUAGGGUGCCCGUGCCAGCCACGCUGCGAGUGCCCACGGGUUUUCUCACUGUGUCGAGAACAACAGUGACUCAAACAACAACAUAUUCCCUUCCAAUCCAUUUAAAUAACAACACCUGCUCUCAGAUCCAGUUUUGAGGCAACAGCAGAAGCCCAGCGGUCAAAAACAGUAACGCAAAUGCUUUCCUUCUGUUUGUUUCUUGUUCUUUUGUGUUAUUAUUACAUUUGAGUCAUUUAUCAGACACUCUUAUCCAGAGCAACUUACAGGAGCAAUUAGGGUUACGUGCCUUGCUCAAGGGCACGUCGACAGAUUUUUCACCGAGUCGGCUCGGGGAUUUGAACCAGCGACCUUUCGGUUACUGACCCAAUGCUCUUAACCGCUUGUUUGCCUUGGAAGCUGAUAUUCUUAAGUAGAUUGUUUUAAGUUGCCUUGUUAAGGUCAUUUUAUUGUUUUGAGUUGUGCCAAUAAAUAUGUAAUAUUAUUUAAUUGUUGUAGUGUUAAGCCCUGAGUGUGUUGGCCCUAGAUGAUGGUGUCUGGUGGUUGUCAUGACAACCUGUUCUUCCUAAAUAUUGUAAUUCUCAUCCCAUAAUACCAAUUAACAAUACCCACUGAGGGCUAGGAGUUUUUCCUCACCGAGGAAAAACUCCUGGCCCGUAACCAUUAUACACAGUCAACCCUUUCUUACUUCUUACAGCCAGGGUAUCCUCUUCAAUCUGCCGUCUUAAUGGGCUUAGAGUUUAUAUCAUCUGCCUUUUAAUUAUUAAUAAUACUAAUAAUUAUGAUCAUAAUAUAACUAUUAGCUAGUGCUGGAGGUGGUGUGUAAUUGAUAACCUCAUUGGUUACAUAUCAAUACCCCAUAUCAAUAUCAAUUUAACAGACAUUGCAACACCACAUUUAUGUGUUUCGCAGUUGUUGCCAUUUGUUGCCAUUUUCAUGUGUGUGCCACUGUUGGUCUGUUACCUGUCUGUCUGUUGCCAUAUCAUUACUGAUAGACCGAUGCCCUUUGCCACAAUUCAACCACAUAGCAACUCCUCUGUUUCUCUCUGUGUAAUUCCUCCUCCUGUCUCACUGCAGCUCAGUGGACGCAGCCUCACAGAGUGCAAUAGACUGUGUUUUAAUGCUUAAAUAGGAUCGACUCCAAGCCAAUAAUAUUUGGCAUGGCAGGAGGAGAGGGGGGUGAGAGAGGGGGAUACAGCCCAGUGGGUUAUGUCAUUGGAGGGUCGUUCCAUGUCAUUUCAUCAUUCUAUGUCAAUGUUAAAGGAAUAGUUCACCCAAAUUACAAAAUGACAUAUUGUUUUCCAUACCCUGUAAGCAGUCUAUGGACAAAGUACGACACCAUCCCAUUCUUUGGUUUUGUUUACCUGGCCACUGUUUUGAAUUCUAACUUUCUAACUUUUUAGCAUUUGUCGCACAAAUCCAAUGCAAGUCAAUGGUACCUAUAUUAGCAUUUUCGUGCUUCAUAUCCAAAUCAUCUUUGAUAACAUAAUUGAUCUGAACACGAAGUGUGAAAAUGCCAAUAUAUAUCCUCUUUCUUGUGUUUUUUGAGGUGGAACGACCCUGGACAGAAGUAGACAAACAGGUCAACCCUCUGAUGUAGUCAGAAGAGUACGGGCAUUAGUGCUACAUGCCUGAAUCAACACAGUGCCAAACCUAUACAGAGAGAUGUUGGCUAGCCUAGAAAGAGAAUAACCUCACUCAGUAUAUUCAACAUGACAGUCUGUCAUUUUAACCCAUACAUUUUAACCCAUACAUUUUACACAACAUAUAUUUGAUAAGAAACUCUGCCUUGUUUAAAAAAAGACAUACAGUAGACACAAACUGUAUUUUUCUUUCACUAAUGUCUUCUUUCAUCGUGUUUUUCUCACAAAUUUGAAAGCCUUCCAUAAUCAGCUCCCUGCAUCUGUAGUUGUAGCUAGUCUUGAGUCUGUGUAUCAUAUGAAACCCUAGCGAAAUCCAUAUAGUGCACCACGUGGCUCUUGUCAAAAGAAAUGCAUUAUGUGGGGCACAGCUAGUGUGUUAUUUGAAACCCAGCUUGUCUGAGUCUGUGCUGCAGUCUCCCACUGGGCUUGUAGCAGAGCAGAGCAGGAGGUAUCAUUAGGACUUUGAGUCACAGUCUAGAGAUCGUUAUAGGCUCCCAUUAACCACCCACAGGCUACUGACACAAUGUGGACACACACGUGUGCGCGUGCAUAUACACAGGCAGACGCACACGACCACACACAGACACACAUACCGCUGAGACCAUGGUCACCAUCGUGGACUACUGACAUUGUGUCAUUUCUUAGUGCUUUCUCAGUUAACCCUACUAUGGAAGGGAUCAUUCUUUUCUUUCACUGCUUCGCUAGUGCCACAACUCUUGCCAUCUGCUUGCCAAGCUGUGCGUGCGUGUGUGCGUGCGUGCGUGCGUGUGUGUGUGUGUGUGUACUUGCCGCCAGAGUUUAACAGACCAUGUGAGUUCACACGCGUGAUCUUUGUUUACUAAAGAUAUACAAAUAAUAUAUUGUAUGCUCAUCAUAUCUACUUAUAAGGUGCACUAUGUUUGCAUGUACAGUUUUACAUGAGAUGCACCAGUUCUUUUUGUUAUAAUUGAGUGUUUUGGAAAAAGAAAAUCUAUGAAAAUAACUGUACAAAAUUGCCUUAAAAACGUUCACUGAUUUCUUGGAAUUUGUGCGAUGCCUUCAGAUAUUGACUUGUUCUCUAUUUUGUGUCAGUGUACAAUAUUUGCUUUUCUAGUGUAUAUUUUCUUUGCAUAACUUCAUUUAUGGGGAAAAAAAUAUAUUGUAUUUUUGGAAUCAGUGGUAAAUCAGAUGAAAGCCUGACUGAAGUUCUGAUUGUCUGGUAAUCCAUAUUAUAGAUGACUAUUUCUGUAUUAAACUACUGAUUUUUAAAUAAACAUUCUUACUAAACACUAA